AAGUCCUGCACGACCUGGGGGCAACACUCACGCCAUGGAAUCCAGACACUCACGCCAUGGAAUCCAGCGGAAACAGCUCUGAUGAGGAAAUCUUCGAAGAUUUGGGUAGCGGCAUCACUGCAGACGUAGUCUUUCUGGCAGUUUUCGACGUGAUCCUGUCCGGAUUCCUCGUGGUGCUAUUGUUUGCAGUCCUUUGGCAUCCGCAGGCGUUGAAGUUCCUGGUGGCUCUGGAGGUGCUGCAUUUGGUCCUCCAGUGGGGCAUCUGGCGCCUGGACUUUGGCAAAAUUCACGCGGCCCUGAGGGAGGAGCUGCCGAAGGCAGAGGUGCUUUGGCAGGAUCUGCAUGCAGCUCAGCCUUGGGUGGCGGCAGAGGCGGAGUCCUACGUUCUGGAGUGGACCUCUCGAGGGUCCAGGAGGAAGCGGCGCUUGGGGCGGAUCUCAAAGGGCUUGGCCUACCAGUGCUGGAGAGGCGAAGAUGUGGAGAUGCCAAAGGGCAGGAUGCGGCUGGAGGUGGAGCCCCAGCUGCAAGCGGACCCCUCAGCAUGUGCGGCCCUGGAGACACUGAAGGCGGAGGUGGCUUGGGCGGCCGAGGCGGAUAGAAGGGGUGAGGAGGAGCGGAUCCAGGUGUCGGCAGCGGUCACAGUGCCAUACCAGGAGCAGCAGGUGAGGAACCAUACCUUUCUCUUCGGUUUUGAGGAGCGUCCCUGGUGGCUGCGAAGCCGGCUGCUGCUGGCGCUGCAGCUUCUGCUGCCCAUCUUGGCCUCGGCCUUCCGCCUGGCCUUCCUCUGCGGGCUCCGAAAGCGGAGGUACAAUCUGGUGAAGCAGGUGUCAAUGCAAGACUUGGCCGGUUGGCAGCGGCGGAGAUGAAAGAGUGCAGAGCGUGGCUCGGGAGAGAGGAAGAGAAAGAGAGGAGAGAGAGUGCCAAAGGGCGGAAGCUGGCUGAAUCUGG